GUACAUAUAUACAUACAUUUAUACAUAUAGAUAAUUUGUGAAAAAAGAAAAAAACAACAUUCAAAAUGCCACAAAACGAAUACAUUGAAAGACAUCGUAAACUAUAUGGACGACGUUUAGAUUAUGAAGAACGGAAAAGAAAAAGAGAGGCUCGUGAACCUCAUAAACGAGCAGAACGUGCUCGAACCUUACGUGGUAUAAAAGCAAAGAUUUUUAAUAAAGAACGAAGAAAUGAGAAGAUUCAAAUGAAAAAGAAAAUUAAAUCUCAUAUGGAGAAAAAAGUAAAGGAAAAAUCAAAUGAUAUAUCAGAAGGAGCAUUACCUGUAUAUCUAUUAGACCGUGAUGUUAAGAAAGACGCAAAAGUAUUAUCAAAUAUGAUAAAACAAAAACGGAAAGAGAAAGUUGGAAAAUGGGAUGUACCAAUACCUAAAAUUAAAACACAGUCAGAAUCUGAGGUUUUCAAAAUAAUGAGAAGUGGAAAAUCUAAACGCAAAUCUUGGAAAAGAAUGGUAACAAAAGUGACAUUUGUUGGUGAAAAUUUUACUAGGAAACCACCAAAAUUUGAAAGAUUCAUAAGACCAAUGGCACUUCGUUUUAAAAAGGCACAUGUAACUCAUCCUGAAUUAAAAGCUACAUUUUAUUUACCAAUUAUUGGAGUUAAAAAAAAUCCAAGCUCACCAAUGUAUACAAAUUUAGGUGUCAUUACUAAAGGAACAAUUAUUGAAGUAAAUAUUUCAGAAUUAGGUCUUGUAACACAAUCAGGAAAAGUAAUUUGGGGAAAAUAUGCUCAAGUUACAAAUAAUCCUGAGAAUGAUGGCUGUAUUAAUGCCAUAUUACUUAUAUAAGUUAAUUUCUA